AACCUGUUUCUGUCUUUUUAUAGCAUUCAAUCCUCCGAGAUCGCUCCCCUUGAUUCCUUGCGAGUGGUUGUUUGUCCGCUUUCCUAACCGGGUGCUGUGACUGUGCGUAACUCCUUGCUCUGCCCAACCAGUGGCUCUGUGACACCGUCCACUUGCCGCUCCCAUGGCGCUCUUCUUUGUUCGCGCUUAUGCUUGCAAGCAAACCGUCGUUUUAAAGAUUUGACUGAUUCCCCUACAGACUAUCGUAUAUCACAUCCGCUAUGUAUUCCCAACACGGUGCCCCUAUGGCACCUCCCCAAAAGCCGGAGACGUUUAUGCUUUCCACUGAGGCCCAGCAAAGCCUUCCACAUGACGCGCAAGUCGCGCUGCAGCAGGUUGACAAUCUCAAAUACUUUCUCCUCUCGGCGCCGGUAGACUGGCAUGCAGAUCAACUUAUCCGACGCUUCUUGCUUCCUACUGGCGACUAUAUCUCUUGCGUCUUAUGGAGCAACCUCUUCCACAUCUCCGGAACCGACAUCGUGAGAUGCCUCGCAUUCAGAUUCCAGGCCUUCGGGCGCCCUGUGAAGAAUUCGAAGAAGUUCGAGGAGGGUAUCUUCUCGGACUUGCGAAACCUCAAGGCCGGAACUGAUGCUACUCUAGAAGAACCCAAGAGCCCGUUCCUCGACUUCCUCUACAAGAACAAUUGCAUUCGAACCCAGAAAAAGCAGAAAGUCUUCUACUGGUACAGCGUGCCACACGAUCGGCUGUUUCUUGAUGCGUUGGAACGUGAUCUGAAGCGGGAGAAAAUGGGGCAGGAGGCGACCACGGUUGCGGUCAGCGAGCCUGCUCUGUCUUUCGAGUUCGAUUCAUCCCAGUCGCUGUAUGAACAACUCACAAAGGCACAACAAGCAAAUUCCUCAUCGUUUGCUGCACACGCAAGUACGACAUAUGGCCAACCCGCAUCCCCAGUGGUUCGGACCGUUGACGCUAUGCCUCCUCCCCAGAUGGCUCCCCAGAUGGCUCCCCCGGCGCUACCCCUUCUCCCGGACGAGUCGGGCAACCCGGCGAUGUACAACCCAGUUCCUAUGCCCACCACCCUGGCCCAGAGCGUUAUUAAGCGCGAAGCAGAAUACGGGCACAUCCAAUACGACCGCAAUGGCAUGCCCAUUGCUCGUCUGCACCAGCGCCAUGCCUCCAUGCCCACCUUCGUCGAAUACUCGCCAGCGCCAUCGUUCGUUUCGUCUCAAUACGAGGACUACAGCAACCGGGGUCUAUCGUUCGAGCCUGUUACACCUCCUCAGCACAGCUCCCACCUUGGAGCUGAACCGGCAUACAUCGCUAACGAAGACACCGGUCUCUACACCGCCAUCCCCGAUAUCUCUUCCGCAACUCACUUCAAUCCAAUGAUGCAGCUACCCCCGUCGAAUCUUGCCCAUGCUCACUACCCGGCGCCUGCGAGAACUUUCCCUUCAAAUGUCUACUCGGUCAUCGAAGGCUCUCCUACGUACAAGCAACGUAGGCGCCGGUCUUCGAUACCCCCGAGUAUCACCAGUGUUGGCGCUGGCCCGCACCCCCAGGUGACGAGUGCACCGAACCAAGCUGUUGCGUACGCUGCCCAUAAACCCAGCGACCUUCGUCGUUCAGUCUCUAGCUCGGUGGCUCCGGUAGCGGAGGUGGAUGAGUCUCAUCAUGAUCAGUCUUUCAGGGCUGCCAAUGGCUAUCGCGCUGCAGUCCUUCCCCAGAAGAAUUUGCUGCAUGAGAUGUCCCGCAACAGCACCCCGCUGCCGAGCCUCGAGGAAAACCCCGAGCAGGGUACCUUGGCUCUUGCAAAUCAACCAGAUGAGUUAGCGCCUCUCCCUAGUGGUGAGGCGCUAGAUGCAUCUGUCCAGAACAGUGCGACGAAUAAGUCUGACCGAUACGGUCCCAUUCGUCGUGCUCGGAGCGCUACCAUGAUGGAGCUCGGCCCCUACCCGCAGAAGUCACACUCCUGCCCCAUUCCAUCAUGCGGGCGCCUCUUCAAGAGAUUAGAACAUCUGAAACGGCACGUGAGAACACACACCCAGGAGAGGCCCUACCCUUGUCCUUACUGCAACAAAGCAUUCUCCCGAUCGGAUAACCUGGCACAACACCGACGAAUCCACGAGGCUCAACAGGAUGGGCAGCAGCCCCUUUCUGGCCACGAGGAAGACCUGGAAAAUGAAGAGAACGGAUUUGGUUCGGCCGAGGAGGGCUCGUCCCCGUCUGAAUCUGUCUCAGGUGCCAUGGUCAAUGUUCCUGGCAUGACCACGAUGCCCUCCGCUAUGACCUUGCCAUCGGCUAUGCCCACAAUGGUCGCUCCUCAUAUGAUUGCGCCUCAACUCUUGCAGCAGCAGCUAUGAGUGAGCGCCAUGGUGGACCUCUAACUGGUUGUUCUUCGCCAGACCAUGUUACAUGUUACCCAGUUCGCUUUGUUCAGUCCUUACUGAUGCUUUCGCAUCUCGACCCUCGGUCGUCUACUGUGUUUGUUCUCACUAAUUAACUCUAGGAGUUUUAGGGCGCGUGUCUGCAUACAAAACGUCCCUUACUCCGUUUUUGAUUGAUUGCAUCGCCAAGUGUACGCUGUUCGGCCCUGUGGCCCCUGUACGUUGAUGCCACGUCACUGAGGCUCGGUUGACAGCUAUUGGCUU